AUGGAUUAUUAUUUGCUCAAAAUCGUAGCACUCACUGUCACGGCCUCGGCCAUAGCCAUCCACCUGCUGAUCAAAGUCAGGAAAUCAGGUCCGGCGAAUCUGCCCCCUGGCUCCCUGGGUCUGCCGGUGAUCGGCCAGACCCUCGGCGUUCUCCGAGCCGCACGCGCCAACAGCGGCAACCGGUGGAUACAGGACCGGGUCGACAUACACGGGCCAGUUUGGAAGGCAUCGGUACUGUGCACGCCGACGGUAUUCCUCACGGGCCCGGCGGCCAACAAGUUCGUCUUCUUCAGCAGCGCGCUGCGGGCGAGGACGCCCCGGUCCUUCCGUCGUAUCUUCGGGGACAAGAGCAUUGUGGACAUGCACGGCGAGGAUCACCGCCGCAUCCGCGGCGCGCUCAUGGAGUUCCUCAAGCCGGACAUGCUGAAGCUGUACGUCGGGAGGGUCGACGGCCAGGUGCGGCGCCACCUGCGGGAGAACUGGCGCGGCCGCACCACCGUGCGGGUGCUGCCGCUCAUGAAGCGCCUGACGUUCGACGUCGUCUCCGAGCUGCUCUUGGGCCUCGAGACAGGCGCCGUGCGAGACGCCCUGGUCGAGGACUUCCGGCGAAUGGUCGAGGGCGUUUUUGCAGUCCCGGUGAACUUCCCCUUCACGACGUUCAGCCGGAGCCUCGUGGCCAGCCGAAGGGCCCGGCUGCUGCUCGAGGGGAUCACGCGUGACAAGAAGGCUAUGCUGGGGCUGGGCAAGGCCUCGCCGAGCAGCGACCUCAUCACCCGCCUGCUCAGCCUGACGGACGGCCAGGGCGAGCAGCUUCUUACCGAUGAGGAGAUCGUCGACAACGGCAUGUUCGCCCUGGUCGCCGGCCAUGACACCACGUCCAUGCUCAUGGCGUCCAUGGUCCGGCACCUCGCCAGUGAUCCGGCUACCCUUGCCGCUAUGGUGCAAGAGCAUGAGAAGAUUGCAAGCAACAAGGCUGAAGGAGAGGCUCUGACCUGGGAAGACUUGUUAAAGAUGAAGCUAACUUGGCGAGUUGCACAGGAGACACUUCGCAUCGACCCUCCCUUCUUUGGCAAUGUCAGAACAGCACUAGAAGACAUCGAGUUUGACGGCUACCGUAUCCCAAAAGGAUGGCAGGUGUUUUGGACCGCAAAAGUGACACACAUGGAUCCGAGAAUCUUCCACGAGCCGGCUCAGUUUGACCCAUCCCGGUUUGAGAGCCAAUCACCUGUGACGCCACCAUGCUCCUUCGUCGCGUUUGGCGGUGGCCCCAGAAUAUGCCCCGCGAUUGAGUUUACCAAGAUGGAAACAUUGGUAACGAUGCACUACCUUGUGAGACACUUCAGAUGGAUGCUCUGCUGCAACCCCGUGUUGUCGCCGCUACAUGGCCUACCGAUAGAACUCGAGCACAGAACCUCUCUUUGCAUUCGACCGGGGUAA